AUGGCAAUGCCUUGUGCAUUGCAUCAGGAUACUCUCUAUCAGUCUCUGGCAAUGACAACACCUUACUUAUUGUCCUCUGCGGCCAUUGUUUUCAUUUCUUUAUCUGUCAUCUCCCUUCUUCCUUCUACCUAUUCUGCAGACUUUGCUGAUGGUUACAAUAACUCAUCGGUCCCCGAAACCGAUCUCGAUUUGUUGGAGUUUCCAUUGAAUUUGGAGUAUUUAGAAGCUGAGUUCUUCUUGUACGGUGCUUUGGGUCAUGGCUUGGAUAAAGUUGCUCCGGAAUUAGCCGAUGGUGGUCCGUCUCCCAUCGGUGCCAAAAAGGCCAAUCUUGACACUCUCAUCAAUGAUGUAGUCCUACAAUUUGCUUACCAAGAAGUUGGUCACUUGAAGGCAAUUAAGAAGACGGUGAAAGGUUUCCCAAGGCCACAGCUUGAUUUGAGUGCAUCGUUAUUUGCAAAAGUGAUAGAUAAAGCAUUUGGGAAGCCAUUGAUGCCCCCUUUUGACCCUUACGCCAAUAGCAUCAACUUCCUCAUUGCUUCCUACUUGAUCCCUUACGUUGGACUCACCGGCUACGUUGGUGCAAACCCUAAACUCCAGGGUGCCAUUUCAAAGAGGCUUGUUGCAGGUCUCCUAGGAGUAGAAUCAGGCCAGGACGCCGUUAUCAGGGGUUUACUAUACCAGCAUGCAACCGUGAACGUCUUUCCGUACCAGUUUGUCGUGGCAGAGUUCACCAAUCGAAUUUCGAAUCUCCGAAACACACUUGGACGUGCCGGGACCAAAGACGAAGGUCUUAUCGUGCCGGUAGAUUUCGGUGCUGAAGGUAAAGUUGUAGGCAAUGUGCUUGCCGGUGAUGAAUUCUCGGUGGCAUUUGAUCGAACACCGGAAGAGAUUUUGAGGAUCGUUUAUGGAAGUGGCAACGAAAGCGUCCCUGGUGGGUUCUUUCCCAAGGGAGCUGAUGGCAAUAUUGCCAAGUCUUAUUUGUCUUAG